AUCCUUGUACUCUUCAGUUAAGUUCCAAAAAUGAACUCACAUAUUGGUUUCCUCUUUUCUUGUCUUGUUAUAUCUGGUAUUACCUCCAGCAUCUCUAUUUCCGGUGGCGGUAAUGAGACCGAUUAUCAGGCGUUGUUGCAGUUCAAGUCGAUGAUCACUAAUGAAGAAGGUCUAAGCUCAUGGAACACUUCCUUUCAUUUCUGUGAUUGGAGUGGUGUUAUAUGCGGGAAGCGCCACAGAAGAGUGACUGCUCUACGACUGAAGUCGCAAGGCCUAGAAGGUUCGUUGUCUCCUCACGUAGGGAACCUCAGCUUCCUUCGUCACAUCUCUCUCUCAAACAACAGCUUUCAAGGAACCAUCCCACAUGAGCUCGGUCGUUUAACCAGGCUACGUGCCCUCGAUCUUAGCUCUAACAAAUUCAACGGAGUCAUUCCAACUAACUUGACUCGUUGUUAUAACCUUGAAGAGCUUGAACUUUCUUAUAACAAGCUAGUUGGAAGCAUACCCAAAGAGAUCAGUUUCCUCUCCAAACUUACUCUUAUUUCAAUCCGCACUAAUAAUUUAACAGGUGGAAUCCCGCCUGCCUUGGGGAAUAUAACAUCAAUGGAAGUGUUCUCUGCUGCUGAAAAUCCGUUCGGUGGGAGCAUUCCAAACACCUUAGGCCGUUGGAAAAGCUUAAGAGGUUUUGGCUGUGGUGGUUGUAAUUUAUUUGGAACCAUCCCUCAUUCAAUUUAUAACCUCUCACGCCUAGCUAAUUUUUCCUUGGCUGGGAAUGAGCUUAUUGGUAGUCUUCCGUCAGCCCUAGGUGCAAUGCUACCUCAUCUUGUUUUCCUUCAGUUAAGGCAUAACAAUCUAAUUGGACCUCUUCCACCCUCGAUAUCUAAUUGUUCAAAACUGAGAAUUCUUGAAGUGGGCGACAACAAUUUUAGUGGGAAGUUGACAAUCGACUUUGCAAAACUAAAAGAUAUCUAUAAAAUAUCAUUAUAUAACAACAUAUUCGGAGGAGAAGCUGAUGAUAUGAAGUUUAUUAAUACUAUGGAAAACUGCAGCAGAUUAGAGUCGUUGAAUCUUAAUACUUGCCAGUUUCAAGGAGUGUUGCCCGCAUCGAUUGGUAAUCUUUCUGAUCGAUUCCGUUUUCUAAACUUGCAUGGAAAUCAUUUACAUGGGCGCCUACCUUCAAGUAUAGGUAAUCUGGUCGGUUUGACGGCUUUAGAUUUAUCAAAAAACCAAUUCUCAGGGAAAAUACCCUCCACCAUUGGUAAGCUUCAAAAGCUACAAGACGUUUUUCUAUCCGAGAACCAAUUUUCAGGGCCGAUUCCAGAUGCCAUCGGAAACUUAUCAUUGUUGAUUACACUGUAUCUAAGUUCCAACAGACUGGAAUGGCAUAUUCCAUCAAGCGUUGGAAAUUGUUAUAAUCUAUUGGCAUUGUACCUUGAAGACAAUAAUCUCAGCGGCAGAAUACCUAGACAACUUCUUCGACUAUCAUCUCUAGCCCUGGCAUUAGAUCUUUCUCAAAACAACCUCAUUGAGUCACUUCCAACAGAGGUUGGCCAACUCAAGAUGUUGACUUCUUUGGAUCUCUCUGAUAAUAAUUUAUCAGGAAACAUUCCUAGUAGCCUUGGUGAUUGCAUUAGCCUUGUAUCCUUGUCUCUCAAAGGCAACUCAUUUCAAGGCAUUGUACCAUCAACAUUAAGUUCCAUGAGAGGAGUGUCAACACUCGAUCUUUCUCAAAAUAAUUUAUCAGGUCAAAUUCCUCGAUUCUUGGAAGGAUUAAUCUUAUUAGAAUAUGUAGACCUAUCCUUUAAUGAUUUUGAGGGUGAAGUGCCAGUGUUGGGAGUAUUCGCCAACACAACUAAAUUCUCAGUUUUGGGCAAUAGCAGGCUUUGUGGUGGCUUGCCUGAACUUGGGUUGCCCAAAUGCAAGGGGACAGGAAAACAUAAAAGAAGGUUUCCUUUGUUCGCCAUAUUCAUCCUAAUUGCAUCCACACUUUUCACAAUAUUAUGUUUUGCAUAUGUUUGGGGUAAGAAAAAGAAGAGUCAACCAUCUCAAUCAUCGAGGGAGGGACGGUUCAUAAAAGUAUCAUAUGGUCAACUUCUAAAGGCUACCAAUGGCUUCUCCCAAGCUAAUUUGAUUGGCGAGGGGGGUUUCAGCUCUGUUUACAAAGGAAUCCUUGAUGAUCAUGAUGAUAGAUUUGUUGCAAUCAAAGUUCUACAUCUUCAAAACCGAGGUGCUCAUAAAAGCUUCAUAGCAGAGUGUCAAGCAUGGCAAAGUAUCCGGCACCGCAAUCUAUUGAAGAUUAUAACUUCAUGUUCAAGUGUUGACUUUCAAGGCAAUGAUUUCAAAGCUUUGGUAUACGAGUUCAUGCCCAAUGGGAGUUUACAUGACUGGUUGCAUUCAAAUGUAACUACAACUAAACUGAACCUUCUUCAAAGAAUAAAUAUUCUCAUCGAUGUUGCAUCUGCCCUUGAUUAUCUUCACAAUCACUGUCUACCAGCCAUCAUUCACUGUGACCUGAAGCCAAGCAACAUUCUGUUGGAUGAUGAUAUGGUGGCCCAUGUUGGAGACUUUGGUUUAGCUCGAUUUCUUGGAACAAAUUCAAACAAAAACAGUACAAGUGGCAUUAGAGGAACAAUUGGAUAUGCACCACCAGAGUAUGGUGCUGGGAGUGAGAUAACAAGUAGUGGGGAUGUCUACAGUUUUGGAAUAUUAUUGUUGGAGCUGAUGACAGGGAAGAGGCCAACAGACAACAUCUUUAUUGAAGGCCUUAGCCUUCAUAGAUUUGCAGACAUGGCCUUGCCAGACCAUGUAAUCGAUGUUAUUGAUGAUGACCUUCUGAAUUUACAUCAAGAGGAUGCUAUUCCUAUGAUAGCAGAUGUAAAGAAAAUAGAGGAAUGCAUGGCUUCAACUGUCAAACUUGGAGUAUCAUGCUCUGUGGAUUCCCCAGCGCAACGGUUGAAUAUCGUAAAUGUUGUCCAUGAGUUGCAGCAUAUUCUGGAUACACUUCAAAAUAGUUGAGGUGUCUUGUUAGUAGAUAUUUUGGGUGUUAAUUGUUAAAUAUGGAUGUAUCUGAGUAUGUGAUGAAUCUUGUAUAAUAAAAUGUGAAAUAAAUGGAAUGAAGGUAUUACUUUGAAAA